CGCGAGUAAGGGGCACAAAUCCCCGGCGCUCCCCUUUGGUCUCCCACUUGGGUAUCUGCCGGUGGGGAGCGAGGGGGGAAAAGCGGAGAGCGCAGGCGCAGGGUUAGUGCCUGCGGCGCCGCUCCCUGACCAGCCAGGCGGCCUCAGCCGCCCCCGCCGCGGUUUUCCUGGCGAAGCGCGCGGCGGCCUCAGUGGGCUCAGAGCCUGGACCAGGCGCGCGGUAGCGGGCAGCCCCGGCCGGAGCACUGGGCGCGCCUUUCUCGCCGCGACACACAGAGUUGAUUGCCUGAAGAAAUGGAUACUUCUCCCUCCAAAAAAUAUCCAGUUAAAAAACGGGUGAAAAUACACCCAAACACGGUGAUGGUGAAAUAUACUUCUCAUUAUCCUCAGCCUGGGGAUGAUGGAUAUGAAGAAAUCAAUGAAGACUAUGGAAAUUUUAUGGAAGAAAAUCCAAAGAAAGGCCUGCUGAGUGAAAUGAAAAGAAAAGGAAGAACUUUCUUUGGAACCAUGGAUAAUCAACAUCCACCAACAGAAGACCCAAUGACCAAUGAGACUGGACAAUUCCAAAGCUUUGCAGAAAAAAAUAUUUUUCAAUCCAGAAAAAUGUGGAUAGUGCUGUUUGGAUCUGCUUUGGCUCAUGGAUGUGUAGCUCUUAUCACUAGGCUUGUUUCUGAUCGUUCCAAAGUUCCAUCUCUAGAACUGAUUUUUAUCCGUUCUGUUUUGCAGGUCUUAUCUGUGUUAGUUGUGUGUUACUACCAGGAAGCCCCCUUUGGACCCAGUGGAUACAGACUGCGACUCUUCUUUUAUGGUGUAUGCAAUGUCAUCUCUAUCACCUGUGCUUAUACAUCAUUUUCAAUAGUUCCUCCCAGCAAUGGGACCACUAUGUGGAGAGCCACAACCACAGUCUUCAGUGCCAUUUUGGCUUUUUUACUUGUAGAUGAGAAAAUGGCUUAUGUUGACACGGCUACUGUUGUUUGCAGCAUCUUAGGUGUUUGUCUUGUCAUGAUCCCCAACAUUGUUGAUGAAGAUAAUUCUUUGUUAAAUGCCUGGAAAGAAGCCUUUGGGUACACUAUGACCGUGAUGGCUGGACUGACCACUGCUCUUUCCAUGAUAGUAUACAGAUCCAUUAAGGAGAAGAUCAGCAUGUGGACUGCACUGUUUACCUUUGGUUGGACUGGGACAGUCUGGGGAGUAUCUACUAUGUUCGUUCUUCAAGAACCCAUCAUCCCAUUAGAUGGAGAAACCUGGAGUUAUCUCAUUGCUAUAUGCAUUUGUUCUACUGCAGCCUUCUUAGGAGUUUAUUAUGCCUUGGACAAAUUCCAUCCAGCUUUGGUCAGCACCGUGCAACAUCUGGAGAUUGUGGUGGCCAUGGUGUUGCAGCUUCUAGUGUUACAUAUAUUUCCUAGUGUCUAUGAUGUCUUUGGAGGGGUAAUUAUUAUGAUUAGUGUUUUUGUCCUUGCUGGCUAUAAACUUUACUGGAGGAAUUUAAGAAGGCAAGAUUAUCAGGAAAUACUAGACUCUCCCAUUAAAUGAAUACCUGAUUAUUAUCUUGUUAAUGUUCAGUUAUUAAUAGGUACAGACAUUUUAAUGUUCACCUGUAAAUGUUGUUGUAUAACUGACAGUGCUAUAUAAUAUAUAAUUAAUAUAUGCAGAUGUGGAAAAAUUUAUUCUAGUCUAAUAUAUUAAAAACAUAUACUAAAUUAUGUGGAAUAUCAUGAA